AUGCUUGUCAGUAAAGAGGGUGUGCGUGCACACAUUACGGAUACCAGCACAGUAACACAUGAGAGGUAUAUAAUACUUAUACAGAGGGAGAUCCUGGUAGACAAUAACUCAGGUGCUGGGCGAAGGCUGAGGGGACCGGAACAAGAAGAAGAGGAUGAUUCAGUAUGUGAGGAACCUGAAAUUUUAGAGAAGGAAAGACCUCGUCCUCAAGGCUCAUCACCAGUAGAAGAAUUUCCUGUUGAAAAACAGGCUGAGGAAGAUAUCUCUGACUCAGCACACAAGAGUGGGAGCAACAAAAAAAGCAGAAAAGCCGGCUUUGGAUCUCUGUUUGACAAGCGCACAUCUGACAAAAUGAAUGAAACAGAGGACAUGCAGAGUGAUGAAUCUGAAAUGAUUGUGAAAACAGUGAAAGAAGCAUGUGUUGAGGGCUUAGUCGUGACUGGUGGAGGGAAAGAGGGGAUAUUCAUCAAAGAAGUGAAACUAGAUUCACCUGCUUCCAAACAUCUAAGUGUGAAAGAGGGUGAUCAAAUACUAAGUGCUACAGUAUACUUUGAUAAUGUUUCAUACGAAGAUGCACUUCAAAUUCUUGAGCAUGCUCAGCCAUAUAAAAUGGAAUUCUGUCUAAGGCGCAAAGUGGAACCAAGCAUACCAGAAAAUGCUGAAAUUAUACAUACAAAGGAAAAAGAGCAGGGUCCACCAAUGAUGAGAAGUCAGAGAAAGAUGAAAAAACAGCAAGAACGUAUCUCAUGGCCAAAGUUCCCAUCCUUUGGCAAGGGACCCAGAGUGCAAUUCAAGAGAUCUCACAGCACAUCAGAAGCAGAGGAACACAGGAAAUUAGAGAUGAGCCCACCAACAAGUGAUGCUGAAUCUCCACUGAAAUGUCCAGAUGGAAAAGACAAGAAAAAGAAACACAAAGUUCAACUAAAAAUGAAGAUGAAGGGCCACAGGAGCAAGUCUGUUGAGGAACCCCAGAGAAAUGAACAGUUGGUUUGGGAAAAUCAACAAGUGGAGGAUAUAUUAGAAGAAAAGGUUCCUGAAAGACAUGAGGAACAAAUGCAAGAGAUCCCACAGGUCCUGGGUGGAGCUGAAAAUGAGGUUUCUUCCAAGACUGGGACUGAUGAUCCAUUUCAGAGUUUGUCAGCAAUGGAACGGCAUGAGGCUCAUUUAAUUAGCUUGGGCAACACAUUAAAGACUACAGAUAUUUCAGUCACUCUUGCAGAGGGAGGAAAAAUAGAGAGUUCAGAAAUGAACAUCAGAAUUCAUCAGAAGGCAAAACCUGAUAUUGGAACAGAAAACCAAGCAAAAACUAUCAAAGCUUUGUACACAAUUUCAGAUCCAUCAGCCUGUGACAAUAUUCUAUUAUCACAGGCAGAGGCAGAAAUAUCUCAAUUUGACAAUGACCUCAACAGACAGGGAACAGAAAAAGAUAGUUCUGAGAAAAAAAUGGAAUCUGGAAAUGCAGAACUUAGCAUGCCAAAUUUAGAUACAUGUGUAGAAGUAACAAAAAAAUCUCCAAGGAUUGGUGAUGAAAAGCAAUGGAAGGAGGUGUUUGAAAAUGAGAGUUAUGGGAUUCGAACCAGAGGUCCAUUGGCAGACAUGGCCACAUCAAAGACCCACUUUGUGAGCACAGUCAAUGGGCUUCAGUUCAUUUCACCAGAUUUUUCUGAGAUAACACAAGUGGGGAAAAUGUCUGAUGGCAUCAGUGAUACAAAGAAACCAACUGUUACUUUCCAACCAAAACCUGGAAGUACUGAUUUGGCUGGAGACAAAGAAUAUUCACCUUUAGAAAUCAAAACUUGCAAGUUACCACCAGAAACUACUGAUUUCAUUCUAGUAGAUCUAGAUAGAAGAUCAGCAUCAAAGUUUAAAUUGCCAAAGGUAGAUGACACUGGAUUUGUAACCCAUGAACUAAUCAAAAUGACAGCGGUGGAAAAAAAUACAACCCAUCUACCAAAACGAGAAGAUAUUGAAAUUCCAGGAAUGGAAAACAAAGAAACAAAACCCAAUCUUCAGACACCUGAAAUUAAGGUUCCAAAAAUUGAGAAAAUUAUAAAUGUUACAAAGCAGAAAGAAAUCCAGGAUCUACAAACAGAAGAAGAGUUCAAUGUUGAGGAUGUUAAAGUGGCUGUUUCCAAAUUCCCUGCUUUUAAACUGCCUGAGGGGGACAUAACAGGCGUUCUUGUGCAAAGAGAAAUUACAAUUAUGGAACUAAAGACAGAUAAGUCUAUGAUGACCCCUAGGGGAUCUCCACAUAAAACAUCCAUCACAAGUACAGACAGUAGCACGAGUUACCCUAAAAGUAAAGUAGGUGAAGAAAAGUCACCAGCUUCUGAUACUGUAGAUAAGGGCACAGCAAUCAAGAUGCCAAAAGUUGAGCUACCUUAUAUUGAUGAGCAAACAUCAACAGCUUUGAUGAAAAUAGACCAUUCACAGAUAACAGAUUAUGGGAGAUGUAGAGACAUAAACUUCAAGCUCCCAAAGCGGGAAGAUAUUGAAAUACCAGGGAUGGAAGCCAUAAAGGAAUCACAGCUACAGAAUACAGUAAAAGUAGUCAGUGACACAGACCUUAACCAACCUGAAAAGCCGAAAACUAAAAAAUACGGUGACAAGAAAGGUCAUGAAAAGAAAUCAAAGAAACCAAAAAUAUCCAUCCAAGGAUUUGAAAUAACUAAAUCUGAUAUUGAGUCUACAGAUAUUAGUACUGAAUUACCAAAGAAGGAUUCCUCUAAAAUGGAUACUGGAGAAACAAAGAUCCAUGAAAAACACAAAUUCAAAACCCCCAAAAUAGGGGAAGUUGAGAAUAAAGAUGUUCCAGUACAGGAAACCAAAAUUUUAGAAGAUAAUAUGGAUAAUGGCACUGAUAUAAAUGAAGAUGGACAGUCUGCCAACAUGUAUGGCAGAGCUCAGGAUACUGAAACUGAAGGACAAGGGAGGAAGUUCAAACUGCCAAAAUUUGAGAUUAGUUUUCCAGAAGUAAAAGCACCAAGAAUUAGUUGUACAUCAAAGAAAGAUGAUGACAGUUCUGUAUCAGAGGAAAGUGGUAAAGUGCCAGUAGUGCAUUCAGCUAAAGCUGAACUACCAGAAGUAAAACCUGAAUUGAGCACAGACCUACCAGAAAGUGAUUCUGAAAUAACUGAAGUGAAAAUUAAAAGGCCAGGGUUUUCAUUCCCCAGGUUUGGGAUAUCUAAAUCAGAACAUACAGCCCCAGCAGCUGAUGUUAGUCGCACAAAUGUUGAUAUGUCUUUACCAGAGGCACAAACAGUCAUGGAGGAUACAAACACAAAUAUUGCAAUAUCAGUGAAAGAAGGUAAACAAAAGGAUGCAACAAAGUUUGGUUCUCCAACAAGGUUCAAAAUCCCUUCAAUCAAGUUUCCAAGUUUUGGAGCUAAAGUUACUAAGGCAGCAAUGGAGACCUCUGAUGUACAUGUUGGCGUUAAACGAGCUGAUACAAGUCUGCCCGAUACAGAGUUAAAAUUAUCUGCUGAGCCGAUAAUUGAGCCGAUUUUAGUUGAUAUAAAAGAGCCUGAUGUAGACAAACAAAAGAAAUGUGUCAGUAUGGAAUUUAUUAAUAUGGACAUCCAAAAUGAGGCACAAGUGGGUAAAUUCAAAUUGCCACAAUUUGGAAUCAGUGUUCCUGAAAUAAAGGGACCAAAAGUAGAUGUAAGUUCAGACAAGGCAGAGAUUGACAUUUCUGUACCAAAGGCAAAAGUAGAAGUUCAUCCACCUGAUGUUGAAUUGCAAGGUCUAAGAGCUGAAAUAAAAACUGACCUGCCAGAAAUAGAUUCUAAAGAUCUUGAAGUGAAAAUGAAGACACCAGGCUUUCCGUUUCCUACAACUGGAUUUAGUAAAUCAGACGUUAAGGCUUCUGAAGGUGAUGUGAGUCUCCCAAAUUUUGAUCUGUCUUUGCAUGAAGGAAGUAUAGAAAUUGAAAGACCAACUACUGAUGUUACUAUAUCAUUGGAAGAUGGAGAACAAAAAGACCCACUAAAGUUUAAAUUGCCAUCAGUUACCUUCCCAAAAUUUGGAGCCAAAGGCCCAAAAGGUACAUUAGAGGUCUCUGAUGUGGGUGUAGAUGUUAAAGGACCUGAAAUAAGUCUACCAGAUGCAGAGAUAAAAUUGUCAUCUGAGCCCCUCUCAGUGAAUAUAAAAGGGCCUGGUGCAGACAAAGAAAUGAAAUCUCUCAGUAUGGAAAUGAAAGAUCAGGACAUCCAAAUUAAGGAACAAGGGAGCACAUUCAAAUUGCCAAAAUUUGGAAUCAGCCUUCCUGACGUAAAAGGGCCAAAAAUAGAUAUAAGUUCAGACAAGGCAGAGAUUGACAUUUCUGUACCAAAGGCAAAAGUAGGAGUUCAUCCACCUGAUGUUGAAUUGCAAGGUCUAAGAGCUGAAAUAAAAGCUGACCUGCCAGAAGUAGAUUCUAAAGAUCUUGAAGUGAAAAUGAAGACACCAGGCUUUUCAUUUCCUAGAUGUGGCUUUAGUAAAACAGAAGUUAAGGCUCUCGAAGGUGAUGUGGGUCUCCCAAAUGUUGAUGUGUCUUUGCCUGAAGGAAGUAUAGACAUUGAAAGACCAACUACAGAUGUCAGAAUACCAAUGGAAGAGGCAGAAAAAAAAGAGCCAACAAAGUUUAAAAUGCCUUCAAUCAACUUCCCAAAGUUUGGAACUAAAGGUCCAAAGGCCGCAGUGGAGCUCUCUGAUGUGAAUGUAGACGUUAAAGGACCUGAAAUAAGUCUACCAGAUGCAGAGAUAAAAUUGUCAGCUGAGCCAAUCUCAGUGGAUAUAAAAGGGCCUGAUGCAGACAAAGAAAUGAAAUCUCUCAGUAUGGAUAUGAAAGAUCAGGACAUCCAAAUUAAGGAACAAGGGAGCACAUUCAAAUUGCCAAAAUUUGGAAUCAAUGUUCCUGAAAUAAAGGGACCAAAAAUAGAUGUAAGUUCAGACAAGGCAGAGAUUGACAUUUCUGUACCAAAGGCAAAAGUAGAAGUGCAUCCAGCCAAUGUCGAAGUGGAAGGUGUAACGGCUGAAAUAAAAGCUGACCUGCCAGAAGUAGAUUCUAAAGAUCUUGAAGUGAAAAUGAAGACACCAGGCUUUUCAUUUCCUAGACUUGGAUUUAGUAAAUCAGAAGUUAAGGCUCCUGAAGGUGAUGUGAGUCUCCCAAAUGUUGAUGUGGCUUUGCCUGAAGGAAGUAUAGAAAUUGAAAGACCAACUACAGAUGUCACAAUACCAAUGGAAGAGGCAGAACAAAAAGGUCCGUCAAAGUUUGGUUCUCCAACAAAGUUUAAAAUGCCUUCAAUCAACUUCCCAAAGUUUGGAACUAAAGGUCCAAAGGCUACAAUAGAGGUCUCUGAUGUGAAUGUAGACGUUAAAGGACCUGAAAUAAGUCUACCAGAUGCAGAGAUAAAAUUCUCAGCUGAGCCAAUCUCAGUGGAUAUAAAAGGGCCUGAUGCCGACAAAGAAAUGAAAUCUCCCAGUAUGGAUAUGAAAGAUCAGGACAUCCAAAUUAAGGAACAAGGGAGCACAUUCAAAUUGCCAAAAUUUGGAAUCAGUGUUCCUGAAAUAAAGGGACCCAAAAUAGAUGUAAGUUCAGACAAGGCAAAGAUUGACAUUUCUGUACCAAAGGCAAAAGUAGAAAUACAUCCACCCGAUGUUGAAGUGCAAAAAGUAACAACUGAAAUAAAAGCUGACCUGCCAGAAGUAGAUUCUAAAGAUCUUGAAGUGAAAAUGAAGACACCCGGCUUUUCAUUUCCUAGAAUUGGAUUUAGUAAAUCAGAAGUUAAGUCUCCCGAAGGUGAUUUGAGUCUCCCAAAUGUUGAUGUGCCUUUGCCUGAAGGAAGUAUAAACAUUGAAAGACCAACUACAGAUGUCACAAUACCAAUGGAAGAGGCAGAACAAAAAGGUCGGUCAAAAUUUGGUUCUCCAACAAAGUUUAAAUUGCCUUCAAUCAACUUCCCAAAGUUUGGAACUAAAGGUGCAAAGGCCACAGUGGAGCUCUCUGAUGUGAAUGUAGACGUUAAAGGACCUGAAAUAAGUCUACCAGAUGCAGAGAUAAAAUUGUCAGCUGAGCCAAUCUCAGUGGAUAUAAAAGGGCCUGAUGCCGACAAAGAAAUGAAAUCUCCCAGUAUGGAUAUGAAAGAUCAGGACAUCCAAAUUAAGGAACAAGGGAGUAAAUUCAAAUUGCCAAAAUUUGGAAUCAGUGUUCCUGAAAUAAAGGGACCCAAAAUAGAUGUAAGUUCAGACAAGGCAGAGAUUGACAUUUCUGUACCAAAGGCAAAAGUAGAAAUACAUCCACCCGAUGUUGAAGUGCAAAAAGUAACAACUGAAAUAAAAGCUGACCUGCCAGAAGUAGAUUCUCAAGAUCUUGAAGUGAAAAUGAAGACACCAGGCUUUUCAUUUCCUAGAAUUGGAUUUAGUAAAUCAGAAGUUAAGUCUCCUGAAGGUGAUGUGAGUCUCCCAAAUGUUGAUGUGCCUUUGCCUGAAGGAAGUAUAAACAUUGAAAGACCAACUACAGAUGUCACAGUACCAAUGGAAGAGGCAGAACAAAAAGGUCGGUCAAAAUUUGGUUCUCCAACAAAGUUUAAAUUGCCUUCAAUCAACUUCCCAAAGUUUGGAACUAAAGGUGCAAAGGCCACAGUGGAGCUCUCUGAUGUGAAUGUAGACGUUAAAGGACCUGAAAUAAGUCUACCAGAUGCAGAGAUAAAAUUGUCAGCUGAGCCAAUCUCAGUGGAUAUAAAAGGGCCUGAUGCAGACAAAGAAAUGAAAUCUCCCAGUAUGGAUAUGAAAGAUCAGGACAUCCAAAUUAAGGAACAAGGGAGUAAAUUCAAAUUGCCAAAAUUUGGAAUCAGUGUUCCUGAAAUAAAGGGACCCAAAAUAGAUGUAAGUUCAGACAAGGCAGAGAUUGACAUUUCUGUACCAAAGGCAAAAGUAGAAAUACAUCCACCCGAUGUUGAAGUGCAAAAAGUAACAACUGAAAUAAAAGCUGACCUGCCAGAAGUAGAUUCUCAAGAUCUUGAAGUGAAAAUGAAGACACCAGGCUUUUCAUUUCCUAGAAUUGGAUUUAGUAAAUCAGAAGUUAAGUCUCCCGAAGGUGAUGUGAGUCUCCCAAAUGUUGAUAUGCCUUUGCCUGAAGGAAGUAUAAACAUUGAAAGACCAACUACAGAUGUCACAAUACCAAUGGAAGAGGCAGAACAAAAAGGUCGGUCAAAAUUUGGUUCUCCAACAAAGUUUAAAUUGCCUUCAAUCAACUUCCCAAAGUUUGGAACUAAAGGUGCAAAGGCCACAGUGGAGCUCUCCGAUGUGAAUGUAGACGUUAAAGGACCUGAAAUAAGUCUACCAGAUGCAGAGAUAAAAUUGUCAGCUGAGCCAAUCUCAGUGGAUAUAAAAGGGCCUGAUGCCGACAAAGAAAUGAAAUCUCCCAGUAUGGAUAUGAAAGAUCAGGACAUCCAAAUUAAGGAACAAGGGAGUAAAUUCAAAUUGCCAAAAUUUGGAAUCAGUGUUCCUGAAAUAAAGGGACCCAAAAUAGAUGUAAGUUCAGACAAGGCAGAGAUUGACAUUUCUGUACCAAAGGCAAAAGUAGAAGUGCAUCCACCCGAUGUCGAAGUGGAAGGUGUAACAGCUGAAAUAAAAGCUGACCUGCCAGAAGUAGAUUCUAAAGAUCUUGAAGUGAAAAUGAAGACACCAGGCUUUUCAUUUCCUAGAAUUGGAUUUAGUAAAUCAGAAGUUAAGGCUCCUGAAGGUGAUGUGAGUCUCCCAAAUGUUGAUGUGCCUUUGCCUGAAGGAAGUAUAAACAUUGAAAGACCAACUACAGAUGUCACAAUACCAAUGGAAGAGGCAGAACAAAAAGGUCGGUCAAAAUUUGGUUCUCCAACAAAGUUUAAAUUGCCUUCAAUCAACUUCCCAAAGUUUGGAACUAAAGAUGCAAAGGCCACAGUGGAGCUCUCUGAUGUGAAUGUAGACGUUAAAGGACCUGGAAUAAGUCUACCAGAUGCAGAGAUAAAAUUGUCAGCUGAGCCAAUCUCAGUGGAUAUAAAAGGGCCUGAUGCAGACAAAGAAAUGAAAUCUCUCAGUAUGGAUAUGAAAGAUCAGGACAUCCAAAUUAAGGAACAAGGGAGCACAUUCAAAUUGCCAAAAUUUGGAAUCAAUGUUCCUGAAAUAAAGGGACCAAAAAUAGAUGUAAGUUCAGACAAGGCAGAGAUUGACAUUUCUGUACCAAAGGCAAAAGUAGAAGUGCAUCCACCCGAUGUCGAAUUGGAAGGUGUAACAGCUGAAAUAAAAGCUGACCUGCCAGAAGUAGAUUCUCAAGAUCUUGAAGUGAAAAUGAAGACACCAGGCUUUUCAUUUCCUAGAAUUGGAUUUAGUAAAUCAGAAGUUAAGGCUCCUGAAGGUGAUGUGAGUCUCCCAAAUGUUGAUGUGCCUUUGCCUGAAGGAAGUAUAAACAUUGAAAGACCAACUACAGGUGUCACAAUACCAAUGGAAGAGGCAGAACAAAAAGGUCGGUCAAAAUUUGGUUCUCCAACAAAGUUUAAAUUGCCUUCAAUCAACUUCCCAAAGUUUGGAACUAAAGAUGCAAAGGCCACAGUGGAGCUCUCUGAUGUGAAUGUAGACGUUAAAGGACCUGAAAUAAGUCUACCAGAUGCAGAGAUAAAAUUGUCAGCUGAGCCAAUCUCAGUGGAUAUAAAAGGGCCUGAUGCAGACAAAGAAAUGAAAUCUCUCAGUAUGGAUAUGAAAGAUCAGGACAUCCAAAUUAAGGAACAAGGGAGCACAUUCAAAUUGCCAAAAUUUGGAAUCAAUGUUCCUGAAAUAAAGGGACCAAAAAUAGAUGUAAGUUCAGACAAGGCAGAGAUUGACAUUUCUGUACCAAAGGCAAAAGUAGAAGUGCAUCCACCCGAUGUCGAAGUGGAAGGUGUAACAGCUGAAAUAAAAGCUGACCUGCCAGAAGUAGAUUCUAAAGAUCUUGAAGUGAAAAUGAAGACACCAGGCUUUUCAUUUCCUAGAAUUGGAUUUAGUAAAUCAGAAGUUAAGGCUCCUGAAGGUGAUGUGAGUCUCCCAAAUGUUGAUGUGCCUUUGCCUGAAGGAAGUAUAGAAAUUGAAAGACCAACUACAGAGGUCAUAAUACCAAUGGAAGAUGCAGAACAAAAAGGUCGGUCAAAAUUUGGUUCUCCAACGAAGUUUAAAUUGCCUUCAAUCAACUUCCCAAAGUUUGGAACUAAAGGUCCAAAGGCCACAGUGGAGCUCUCCGAUGUGAAUGUUGACAUUAAAGGACCUGAAGUAAGUCUACCAGAUGCAGAGAUAAAAUUGUCAGCUAAGCCACUCUCAGUGGACAUAAAAGGGCCUGAUGCCGACAAAGAAAUGAAAUCUCUCAGUAUGGAUAUGAAAGAUCAGGACAUCGAAAUUAAGGAACAAGGGAGAAGUAUAGAAAUUGAAAGACCAACUACAGAUGUCAUAAUACCCAUGGAAGAUGCAGAGCAAAAAGGUCGGUCAAAGUUUGGUUCUCCAACAAAGUUUAAAAUGCCUUCAAUCAACUUCCCAAAGUUUGGAACUAAAGGUGCAAAGGCCACAGUGGAGCUCUCCGAUGUGGAUGUAGACGUUAAAGGACGUGAAAUUGACCUGUCGCUGGCCAGCCCUACAAAGGUCAAAGUAAAAUAUUCUGAACCCACUCCUAAUGCUGAAAACAUGCUACAGUCCUCACUAAAGUAG